AUGCCCUUUAUACCAAAUACGCCCGAGUCUCUUCUAGGUCGCUCCGACUCUCUCAACCCAGAGUCGACAUGUAGAGGUAUCACCUCCAACGGCCGUCCGUGCCGACGUCCGCUCGGUGCCUCCCCGUCCGGCUCACCUGCCGCGUCGCGCACCAAAGUUCCAAAGAGAAAGAAGAACCUCCGUGUCGAUGACCCUGCCGAUCCCGACUUGUACUGCUGGCAGCACAAGGACCAGGCGAGCCUGUCUGCCAAGUCCAGCCCGGGGCCGGGGCGCGAAACCACGCCCAUCCUCGAGCAACGGGAGAGCUUGGACACGCUCAUCGACCGAUUGGGUAUCGUGGAAGCACAAAAGAGAAAGAAGAAGCCAGCAAACGGGGGCAUGGCCUCAGGUGGACGGGUCUCACAGGCUGCGCCGGGAAGCGUCGAAAAGCCACCCAUGCCGAAACCAAAGACCAAGAAGAAGGAAAAGACGUUCUGCUGCUGCUUCACGAUAGCAACGUAUGAGGAGGAAUUGCCGGCCAGACCCAAACCAAGACCGAUUCAGCCCCAUCCAAGCGCAGCAGGCGGCUCGUCAAAGCCUCCAUCCAACCAAUAUCUGUCGCCGUCCUCGGCCCAGACAUCGCGCCCCGGCGCCGGCGGCAAGUCCCCUCGGCGCAGCUCCGCCAAGUCUGACGCUUCGCAAACGUCCCAAUACCUCCAGCUGAUUCCGCCCUCGGCAUCGCCCCAGACUGCAUCGCAGCUCAUGGCCGAGCUCGCCAAGCCGAUUUCGCAGCAGGAUGAGCCCGGAUACAUCUACAUAUUCUGGCUUACGCCCGAGUCGCAGCCCAAGGCGCCCCCCGUCGAUGCCGCGCGCGACUUGCUGGCACCGCCGAGCCGCUCACCGGGACGACAGAGACGCACGAGCGACGUGCUCCAGUCGUACGCCACGCAAAAGGACAAGUCGUCCAAGACCAUCCUUCUCAAGAUUGGCCGCGCGUCCAACGUGCAGCGGCGACUGAAUGAGUGGACGCGACAGUGUGGCUAUAAUCUCUCGCUCAUCCGGUACUAUCCGUACAUUUCGGCCAAUGCGCCUUCGACGCCGCGCAAGAUGCCGCAUAGUCACAAGGUCGAGCGCUUGAUUCACCUCGAGCUUGCCGGAGCCGGACUUCGGGUCAGUGACAAGGGUACCUGUGAUGCUUGUGGCAAGUCUCACAGGGAGUGGUUCGAGGUUGAGGCAUCCCGAAAAGGCAUUGAAAUGGUUGACGAAAUUGUGAAGCGGUGGUCGGAUUGGGAUGAAGGAAGGCUUUAG